CUCAUUUUCUGUUUCCAGCAGUCACAAGCUGUUCCAUUACAUUGCCAGAGAAAGAGAAGCAGAGUUCUCCAUCUUGGUGUCAGAAAAGUAACAAGCUCUUUUGUCUUUUAUUAAAGCAUAACAGCAGACUUCCAGGGAAUGGGAAGGCGAGGUUUAUCUUCAGCAGUGCUGCUCAUUCUAGCAGGGGUGUGUGGUUCUGUGCGUGGGCAGCAAAACUGCAAAUCCUGUUACCAGAUGGACAUGGGCGCCAUUAUUGGGAUCAUCAUUGGAGACAUCAUCCUCACGGUCCUCAUUGCUCUCUCUGUCUUUUGCUUUGCCAACCGCAUCAAUAAGAGCCGCCUGGAGGCACUGAAAGGGAACAGUGACAUCAAAAUGAAAGGAAAGGGGUCCGCAGACAAACAGUCUACAUACGAGGAGCUUCAAAGACACAGACAAGACAUCUACAGUGACCUGAGGCAAGGCAACUAAUAAGAAGAAAAAGCAAAUAAAUAAAAUAAGAUCAAUUUCGCUGCAUAAUCCAUUUGUAGAUUUGCCCUGUCCAAGAAACAGGGCUUCCCAUGUUCAUUUUAGUGUUAUCAGGUUGUAUUUUUGGUGUGAUAGCAGGUGGCAAAAAACUAAGCUGGACUUUUGAUUGAAUUGAAAUAUUUUACUUGCUGUCUUUAGACUGUGCAGAGCUUGUCUUGAAAGGAGCCCGGAGAGUGAAAAUAUAGCAGCCAUACAAUGUACUUUUAUAUGCUAAUAUGAGUAAAUACUUUUUUUUAGUGCUUGUAUAAACCUGCAAAACUGCACCUUUUUUGUAAGAGAAAGUUAACAACGUAUACACAUGUUCAAUAAAUGAACCUCACACAUUG